CUGAGAGAAAGAAGAAGGGCUAAUCCUGGAACCUGUUGUCGAUCAUCUCGGCUGAGACAUGAGUGCAUCAUCUCCGCCUGAUGCCACCGCACCAGGAAAAUCAUGCGGCACGGGAACAAUUGACGAAGGCAUUCCCAAGGAGCUAGAAGGCAUCUUUGAUAUCAUCGAGCAAAGCAAGGGCCAGAUGCUCGCGUGGCUAAAGGAUUUGGUUGCCAUCCCCAGCGUGUCAGCCGAGAAGGAACACCGCAAAGACAUCAUGCACGUCAUCAAAGAAACGAACAGGAUACUGCUAGAACAAGACGUCCACGUGACCACGGUGCCCUUAGGCGACCAGCAGCUGCCGGACGGGAGCAAGCUGCCACUGCCACCACUGUUGUUGGGCGCGACCAGACAAGAGCCCGGCAAGAAUACCCUGUGCGUCUACGGGCACCUGGACGUCUAUCCGGCACGCAAGGAGGACGGGUGGACGGCGGACCCGUUUCUUCCUACGGAAAAGGACGGCCGACUCUUCGCAAGGGGCGUAGCGCACGACAAGGGACCCCUGGUCGCAUGGAUCGGAGCUCUCUACGCUUACCGCCAGAGCGCCGCAAAAGCUUCACCCGUCAAUCUCAAGUUCCUUGUCGAGAGCAUGGAGGAUGUCGGCUCACUGGGUCUGGGACCCUACUUGGCGGCGAGCGCCAAGCAGAACUUCUUCAAAGGCAUAAACUUUGUCUGCAUCCCCAAUGGCUUCUGGCUGAGCCCGCUUACGCCCUCUAUCAGCUACGGGCUCAGGGGGUUAUGCUCCUUCAGCGUGGAAAUAGCCGCCGCACGAUCAGAUCAUGAUUCCGGUGUCGACGGUGGAACGUUGAACGAGGCGAUGGCAGACCUCGUCCACCUGCUAGACAGCCUGAUGGGCACCCGUGGUCGCAUCGCAGUCGAUGGUAUCCACGAUGACGUGGCCCCCAUCUCGGACUCCGAGUGGAAGCUGUACGAGCACGUGGACUUCGAUCCGGACGAGUACCAGGCGAAGCAUGGCAUCUGGCACGUCACCAUCGACGACACGGUGCAACUUCUGAUGCGCAGGUGGCGGUACCCAUCUCUCACCAUACACGGCAUCGAAGGCGCCCACUGGUCGCCCGGCGAGAAUGCAGUGAUUCCCAGCCGCGUGGUGGGCAAGUUCUCCGUGCGUACGGUGCCCAACCAGACGUGCCAGAAAGUGCGCGACUGCGUCACCAGUCACUUGGAGCGGGAAUUUUCCAAACGAAACAGCCCCAACAAGUUCAAGGUGACGAUGACGCAGGGCACCGAGACAUGGUUCAACGAGCCUCAGAGGCCCCACAUCAAGGCCGCUGCGGCUGCCGUGCGCCACAGCGAAGCUGUUCGCAGCGUACAUGUUCGAACUGUCCAAACUCGCCUGAGCAAUCCUGUACCGCAAUCGAGGCACCGACUCCACGAUGGAAAUCCACCUACAAACCGGUACAAGGCCCGAGAAAUCCGCUGUCGACAUUUCGGAGCCCGCACUACGGGAGGGAUUCUGUGCCGCGCAAUUGCAAAUCAGAAUCUGACCCGGUGGUAUUUUGCUCGCAGGAGGAUUUUUUUUUUGUGUGCCUUCUUCGGACAUUCACGAUACGGAAAUUGUGAUAUUAAAAUAUUUUUAUAUAAUUACGAAUAAAACGACUUUAUUCACUUCAAGUUGUGCUGUUGUGUUCCACACAUGUGUACCCGCGGAGGAAUACAUUGUUUACUUCGACGGGUUGCCGGAGGUCACGCUUGGCGCACCACGGUUUCUGGGUAUCUGUGGCGUUCGUUGUCUCGCUAUGAGAUGGCCAGUUUGGUUACGUUGUCGAUGGUUUGAUUGAGGGGUCGCACCGGCCCCGUUGUUGUUGCAGCCAACUGUGAAAAAGAAAUGUCGCACACUCGGAGUUCGGUUAAGGUUAAAGAAUCAUGUAAGUCCUGAAAAUUAUUACGGAAUCCUCGACAAUGACGUCUAACACAUAGAACAGGUAUUUAGUCGGGUCGGCGCGUGGCCCUUGCACAUCUGUGAUGGGUUAGUUCAGACGGCGGAGUGAAUUGCCAAUCCACUAUGCGGAGUGAGAGUGGUGUGGCUCUGCAUAACCGCGUUACAAUGUUACCGCAGACGAGCUGCUGCUGCUCCAAAAUUUUGUGCCCUCGAUCUGCGCUAUGCUCCGUCCGCAACUGAAUCAGCCUCUCUGUGCGUCAGAUGAAAAUCUCUCGCUACGCAUUUGCACUGACUUGAAUUACUCGUUCGUACGUGGUGACCAGCACUGUUGUCAUUUUAGCCAUUUCUUUCGCUAGGUUCAGUUACUGUUGGCCUCUUUAGCGACAAAUACUUCUAUUUAGUGACCGGUGACACCUUUUUACCGACGUUACAGAAGGAUUCGCAGUACUCUAGUAACCUUGAUUUAAUUGCUUCGAAAAUCCCUUUCUAUAAAGCGCUUUAAUAUUGAAGAUCUACAGAGAGGUGGCUGGAUUUGAUUGUACGGUGCAUGAGCUAUGUGAUCAUGAUUAAGCAACGGGGAUCGGCACUCACGGAGGCUAUUCGCCGCGGUUAAUUGUGCUGAGGAAAAGCGGGCGUCAGAAUUUGUCCACAACAUGAAUUUAUUUUUAAUAAAACUCGUUCGACUAUUUGCGUUCGCUUGGUGGACACUCGCAAGCGCAGCAGUAAAUGAACUUUCCAAAACCUAGUGCAAUAAAUUUUAUGAGGAGAUUACCAACGCAGAAGGUGAAUUAAGAUAAUAAAGUAACUGCAGCAAAUCGCUUACAUUAUUGUUUUCUUGUGAGAGAACCACCUCUAAAACUACACUAGCAUGACCGUUAAGACCCGAGAAAAGAGUUAUACGGUCCAUUUGUAAUUUGCCGCUUCUUGAAAACACUUCAGCGUACUUUGUCAAACUUAACUUACUUCCUGUAGAAGUUGCGCUCCAGUGCAGGCUUGGUGUUGAAGCUUUUCAACAACGACGCAUGAACUGCCACCACUUUGAUAACAGUUACUCUCUCGAAGAGACUGCCUAUAGUCAUAGGCAAAGUAAAAUUGUAACCUUGCGCGCACGU